AUGCACUCGUGGCAUUGGUUUUUGUGUAUUGUAAGGCGUGUCAAGGCUGCCGUGGGCGACGUAGCAUGCUCACCACCGCCACCACAUCAUUCAUCCUUGACUUUUCGGUCUUCUGCAACAUUGCAUGGCUCUUCUCCCGGUGAGAAGGUCGAAGAAGAUCAAGAAGAUAUUGCAUUAACAAACGCGCUACAAGAAUGGCACAACAAGACACCCUGCUUUGAUACCCAUCCCACCCAUACACAAAUCAAUGAUUUUGAACUUUUGGAAACAUUGGGAACAGGAACAUUUGGUCGCGUGUACCUUGCUAAACAAGAUCAGUCUACAAAGUACUUUGCGAUCAAGGUGUUGAGAAAAGAAGCCAUCGUUCGACUCAAGCAAGUAGAGCAUAUCAAUAAUGAACGACAAGUGCUUUCUCAGGUCCAUUUUCCUUUUAUUGUACAGUUAUAUUACACUUUUCAAGACAAUCAUAGCCUUUACAUGGUUCAAGAAUAUGUGAUUGGUGGUGAACUAUUUCGACAUUUACGUAAAGCUGGCAAGUUUUCUUCACAAACGACGCAGUUUUAUGCUGCAGAGAUUAUCCUUGCUAUCGAAUAUCUUCAUCAGAUGGACAUUAUCUAUCGUGAUCUCAAGCCUGAAAACAUUCUAUUGGAUGCUCAAGGUCAUAUACGAAUCACUGAUUUUGGAUUUGCAAAGCAAGUGGAGGAUCGGACAUGGACGUUAUGUGGGACACCUGAAUACCUUGCACCUGAGAUUAUACAAAGCAAAGGCCAUAGCAAAGCAGUUGAUUGGUGGGCACUGGGCGUUUUAAUCUUUGAGAUGCUUGCAGGGUUCCCUCCUUUUUACGGAGAUAGCCAUGUGGCGACGUAUGAGCGCAUUCUCGCAUGCAAAGUUAAAUGUCCUCGUCACUUUGACAGUGCAGCCAAGGAUCUUGUCAAGGGGUUAUUGGUGACUGACAGAACCAAACGAUUGGGUAACUUGCGUGGUGGAGCACAUGAUAUCAUGCGUCAUCCAUUCUUUCGAGGCACCAAUUGGCGUGGUCUACUCAAUAAAACGGUGCUGGCACCCAUCGUACCCGCUUUUGCAAAUGAUCAUGACACAAACAACUUUCAAAAAUAUGAAGAAGAAUCUCCACAAGAACAUCCUGAAGGUGAUCCUUAUCGUCACUUGUUUGCUGAAUUUUAG